AUGCCGGCUAAGGUGUACUGCUACUUUAAAAUUAGGUAUGCAAGGCUCCCACCCAGGCCCUUCCCACAGUUGGGAUCAGCCGAGGUCCCAGAUGUCAUUCAUGAUUACAACCCUGAUGAGAAGAACUUUAUCCUCCCUUCAAAAACAUUACACUCUGCCUCUCCUGCUUCCUUACCACCGGCUAGUUCAGGGGGUCACUUCCCAAGACUAGCAAAUAUUGGUGCUUUCAAAAAUGUUUUCAUUGAGCCCACCCAUGCAACCUGUGGGCUUCCUACCCAGAGUGUUUUUUGUCAGAGCUCUGCUGAUCCUGGAAGCAUUCACUCUUGUACUCAGCAGUUCUGUGAUCAGGGGUGCCCAUACCGGUCUUCACACCCCAAUUUCACGACCCUUUUCUCAGUAGGCCUCAGUAGUUGCAUUACAGCGGACAGGGCUGAUUUGCCUCCUGGCUCCCCCAGCGGUGCCAGCAGUUUCAUUUUUGGGAAUCACAAGGAUUGCUUUGCUUCUCCUCAUUCUCCAAGGCUGGUGGCAUCAUUUACUUUAACCGUGUGGCUGAAACCCGAGCAAGAAGGUGUAAUGUGUGUGAUAGAAAAGGCCAUGAAUGGGCAGAUUGUGUUCAAACUUACCAUCUCUGAGAGAGAGACCACGUUUUAUUAUCGCACAGUAAAUGGUUUGCAGCCUCCAAUAAAAGUAAUGACACUGGGGAGAAUUCUUGUGAAGAAAUGGAUUCAUCUUAGUGUGCAGGUGCAUCACACAAAAAUCAGUUUCUUCAUCAAUGGCUUAGAAGAGGAUAACACUGCUUUUGAUACAAGAACUUUUAAUGGUCCAAUUACAGGUCUUGCUUCCGGUGCCAUGACAGUCGGGCAAAGCGUAAAUGGCUUGGAGCAAUUUGUUGGAAGAAUGCAAGAUUUUCGCUUGUACCAAGAAGCUCUUACAAACAGAGACAUUUUGGAGGUCUUUUCUGGAGAAUUCCUCAAUUUGCAUAGCCAACCAGACUGCCGCUGCCCUGGUAGUCACCCUCGUGUACAUCCUCUAGUUCAGAGGUUCUGCAUUCCUAAUGGUGCAAACGAUAACACCAGUGAGAGAGUUCUGAGGUUGAAUUCUAAAGCCCAUCCACUGGCUUACAUCAAUGACAAUGAUGUGGGGACCUCGUGGAUUUCAAAUGUGUUUAUGAACACUACACAGCUUGAUCGUGGAAUCACAAUUACAAUAGAUUUGGAAAAUGGACAAUACCAGGUGUUUUAUAUUAUCCUUCAGUUCUUUAGUCCACAGCCAGCAGCAAUCAGAAUUCAAAGGAAGGAAAAGGACCACUUGGGCUGGGAGGACUGGCAGUAUUUUGCGAGAGACUGCAGUAUUUUUGGAAUGGAAAACAAUGGGUCUCUGGAAAAUCCUGACUCUGUCAACUGUCUUCAGCUUCCCAGGUUUACUCCAUACUCGCGUGGCAAUGUCAUAUUUAGCAUCCUCACCCCUGAACCAAUUCCUCGCCCCGGCUACAGUGACUUCUACAAUACCCCUGCUCUCCAAUGGUUUGUAAGAGCUUCGCAGGUCAGGAUUCAUCUCCUUGGUCAGUACCAUACCACACAGCCCUUCGUGAAUUCCAGACACAAAUAUUACGGGGUGGAUGAAGUUACCAUCAGUGGAAGGUGUAAUUGCUAUGGCCAUGCAGAUGCCUGUGACACCAAUAGUAAGCCUUACAGAUGUCUCUGCUCUCCAGCAAGUUACACCGAUGGCAAUAAUUGUGAUCGCUGCUUACCACUAUUUAAUGACAAGCCUUUUCAUCAAGGUGACCAAGUGCAGGCUUUUAAUUGUAAACCAUGUCAGUGCUACAACCAUUCCAGACGCUGCCAUUAUAACAUUACAAUGGACCCUUUUCCUGAGGAGCAUAAUAGGGGUGGUGGAGGAGUUUGUGAGGACUGUCAACAUAAUACCACAGGAAGAAACUGUGAGCUGUGCAAGGAUUAUCUGUUUCGACCAGUGGGUGCAAAUCCCUCAGCCAGAGAUGUUUGCAAACCCUGUGACUGUGACGAAACCGGAAGUAGGAAUAAUAGUCUCCUUUGUGAAAAGAUUGGAGGCCAGUGUAAUUGUAAGAGACAUGUGUCUGGGAGGAAGUGCAAUCACUGCCAGGAUGGAUUUUACAAUCUACAACAGUCGGAUCCUGAUGGUUGCAGUCCCUGUAAAUGUAAUAUCUCUGGAACAGUCAAUGGAGAUAUUACCUGUCACCAAAAUUCAGGCCAGUGCAAGUGCAAAGCAAAUGUUAUUGGGCUUAAGUGUAAUCAUUGCAACUUUGGAUUUAAAGUCCUCAGGAGUUUUAAUGAAGAAGGAUGUGUGUCAUGUCAGUGUCACAUCCAUGGCUCAGCGAACCCCUUCUGCAAUCCUCAUUCUGGACAGUGUAAAUGUAGAAAAGACACCCAAGGACUACAGUGUGACAGCUGUAUAGAAAAUUUCUACGGGCUGGAUGGAGAUGGCUGCAAGGCUUGUGAGUGUGACGUGGAUGGCUCUCUUCCUGGAACCAUUUGCAAUGCUGAGACAGGUCAGUGCACCUGUAAACCCAACUUUGGAGGAAGGCGAUGCAGUGAUUGCUUGGAUGGAUACCAUCGCCUCCAGCAAAACUCUUCCUCAUGGUGCCAGCCAUGUGACUGUGAUAAGGCUGGGACAGUAAAUGGCUCUUUCGUGUGUGAUAAAUCAACAGGACAGUGUCCCUGCAAAACUGGCUCCACUGGCCUUCACUGCAGUCAGUGUGCCCCUCACUGGUACAAUCUGACCCUGAACAAUCCUUUUGGCUGCCAGACCUGUGAGUGUGAUUCCUUGGGGACCUUAGCUGGAACAGUGUGUGACCAGAUGAGUGGGCAGUGCCCGUGUUUGCCUACUCGGCAAGGAAGAAGGUGUAAUCAGUGCAAAUCUGGUUUCUACAUUUCAUCACACAACACCACUGGCUGCUUGCCCUGUUCAUGCCACCCAACUGGUUCAGUUCAUGGGGUCUGCAACAGCCGAACUAGUCAGUGUAUUUGCAGAGAUGCUUCAGUAAGUGGAUGGAAAUGCGACCAAUGCAAGGACCAUUAUUUUGGAUUUGAUUCUCUUGCUGGGAGGUGUCAGCCUUGUAGUUGCCACCUUGCUGGAUCCUUGAAUAGAACCUGCCAUUCUCUUACUGGCCAGUGUUUCUGUAAGUUGUUUGUCACGGGCAUAAAGUGUGACACUUGCAUUCGUGGAGCAAGUCAUUUGGACAUCCACAACCAAUUUGGUUGCAGCAAAACUCCAUCUCAGCAACCUCCACCCAGAGGACAAGUUCUAAGUUCUUCUCAUAUCAGUCUUUCCUGGAGCCCACCUGAUUCCCCUAAUACCCACUGGCUGGUUUACAGAAUAUUCAGAGAUGGCUCUGAAAUUUACACAGCUGCGGAUCAAUAUCCUUAUAUGAUUCAGAACUUCUCCGAUACAGCACUGUUGCCAUACACCUCUUAUAGCUACUACAUCGAGACCAGUAAUGUGCAUGGUUCCACGAGAAGUUCGACUGUGACUUUCCGGACAAAAUCUGGGACCCCCAAAGGAAACUUGCACUUAGAUGUCAUCCUUCCUGUUGGCCCACGUUCUGUGACCUUGAACUGGACAGCUCCUUCCAAUCAUUCUGGCCCUCUAGAAAAAUAUGUUCUGACAUGUGCUGCUUCAAUGGGGCUAGAUCCCUGUUCUUCUUACGAAGGUCUCAAAACUUCAGCAACUAUUUGGAAUCUAAUUCCGUUUACAAAAUACAGUUUCUCCCUUCUGGCCUGUACAAGUGGGGGCUGUUUGCAAAGUCUGCCAGUUGUAGCCACGACUGCCCAGGCACCGCCAAUGGGGCAGAACCCACCAGUCGUGCAGAAGACCGGCCCUACGGAACUGUAUGUAGAAUGGUCGCCGCCAACAGAACCAAAUGGAAUAAUGAUAAGCUAUGAACUUUACAUGAGAAAGGGAUUACAGUCUGAAGACGAACACAUUGCUUCUGAAAGUCGAGUUUUUCAAAGCAGCGGAUGGCUCAGUCCCCAUCAGGAUACCAAGUCUGCUAAUGAAAAUGCCCUAACACCACCUCAAACCCAUACCACCAUUACUGGUUUGGAACCAUAUACCAAGUAUGAGUUUUAUGUGUUAGCUGAAAAUAUGGCUGGGAGUGUUUCUUCAGUGUGGAUAUCUGAAAGAACUGCAGAGUCAGCUCCUGUUUUCAUGACACCUCCAUUGGUAUUUCCACUUUCACCGUACUCUCUGAAUGUGACUUGGAAACGACCAGAUGAUAAGGUAGUGAGGGGAGAAGUAGUGGGAUAUCAUAUCAACAUCAUUUCUGAACACUUUGCCUCAUCAGCAUCUUUACAGGUUUUAUACAUGGCUGAAGCCCAUGAGCUAUCUCACCGUGUAACAGGAUUAAAACCUUAUAAGACAUACAGCUUCACCAUUUCUCUCUGCAAUCAUGUUGGUUGUGUGACCAGUAAUCCGGGUUUAGGGCAAACCCUAGCAGCAGCCCCAGCACAACUAGAAGCCCCUCAGGCUGAGGGCAUAAACAGCACAACAAUGUGGAUACAUUGGGAUACACCAAAGGAAUUGAAUGGACCAUCUCCCAUGUAUCAGCUGGAAAGAAGAGUGUCAUCUUCAGCAGCACCAAAUGCUAAAAUGAUGAAAGGAGUCCGUUUUACAGGAAAUGGAUACUGCAAAUUUCCCAGCUCUACUCUUCCCAUCAAUACAUACUUUACAGGUAUUAAGGUCAGCUUUCGAACAAAGGAACCUGAAGGUUUAAUUUUUUUUGCCGUGUCACCUGGCAACCAAGAGGAGUUCAUUGCUCUUCAGCUGCGGAGCGGACGCCCCUACUUUCUUUUUGAUCCACAGGGAUCUGCUGUAGCAGUGACACCAACAAAUGAUCAUGGAAAACAAUACAAUGACAAUAAUUGGCAUCAAGUCAUUGCUACCCGUAAUCAGGCUUUGGGACAGAUCACUGUAGAUGAUCAGUACACAGGUUCUUCCUCUGCUGCAAGUGGCAGUUCCAUUAUUGGGGAAAAUACAGGUUUUUUUGUGGGAGGACUUCCAUUGGGUUAUACCAUCCUAAGAAAAGAUACCGAGAUACUUCAGAAGGGAUUUAUAGGAUGCCUUAGUGAUGCUCUUCUCAAAAAGAGUGACAAUCCCUUUGAAAGCUGGGAACCUCUGGAGUGGCAGAAUGCUGAAGAACAAGUGAAUGUUUAUUCCAGCUGGGAAGGUUGCCCAACUAAAUUAACUGAAGGAGUCCAAUUCCUGGGAGAAGGGUUCCUGGAACUCCAACCAUGGCUGUUUCUUGGCAGAAUGGAUUUUGAAAUUUCCUUUAAAUUUAGAACAGAACAACUGAAUGGAUUACUUCUUUUUGUGUAUAACCAAGAUGGACCGGAUUUCCUUGCUUCUGAGCUGAAGAAUGGAAUUCUGGGCUUCCUGUUGAAAACAAGUUUUGCUUUUAUUGAAGUGGCCCUACAAUUAGGAAACUCGUAUUGUGACGGAAAAUGGAAUACCGUAACUAUGAAAAAGGAAGACUCUGUUAUAUCAGUGAGCAUGAAUGAAUUAAUGGAACAAGUGGUGGAACCAAGAGCCCAGGAACUGACUGUAAACUCUGCUGUCUAUCUUGGAGGGGUUCCACCUGGGAUAUGGAACUCCUACCAAGAGUUGGGGGAAGAACAAGGUUUCGGUGGUUGCAUGAAGGAUGUUAAAUUUACACGAGGUGAUGUCGUUAACUUGGCAUCUGUGUCCAGCAGCGCUGUCAGAGUCAAUCUGGACGGAUGCCUAUCAACUGACAGCGCUGCUAACUGCAGAGGAAAUGACUCCAUCAUAGUGUACCAGGGAAAAGAGCAGCACGUUUAUGAAACUGGUCUACAGCCAUUCACAGAAUAUCUGUACAGAGUUGUUGCUUCAAACGACGGAGGCUCUGUUUCCAGUGUUUGGAGUCGGGGUCGAACCAGAGAGACGGCUCCACAAAGUGUGCCAACUCCCUCCAGAGUUCUCAGUUUAAAUGGUUACAGCAUUCAGGUGACCUGGGAUAAACCUGCCCAGGUCAUAGGCGUGAUGGAGAAGUACAUUGUGAAAGCCUAUGGUGAAGAUGGCUUUGAGGAACCCGUGGCCAGAGCUGAAUUUGCCAAUACCAGCGCCCUCACAGGCAUAUUGACAGGCUUGCUACCCUUCAAAAACUAUGCUGUAACCCUAACUGCUUGCACUUUGGCUGGCUGUACUGAGAGCUCACAGGCAUUGAACAUCUCCACUCCACAAGAAGCCCCAGAGGAUGUUCAACCACCAACCGCCAAGUCUCUGCCUACCUCUUUGCUUUUGAUCUGGAGUUUACCAGCAAAACCCAAUGGCAUUAUAACUCAGUAUACUCUGUAUAUGGAUGGUGUGGUGAUUUACAUGGGAAGUGGAACAGAUCACACUGUCACAAAUUUAGCUGUGUUCACGCCACACCAGUUUCUGCUCUCUGCGUGCACGAAUGUUGGCUGUACAAACAGUUCCCAGGUCACCUUGUUUACAGCCCAGCUGCCACCAGAUCACGUCGAUGCCCCAAUCCUGACUGUUUUGGAUUCUAGAACAAUAUAUGUUCAGUGGAAGGAACCAGGAAAAGUAAAUGGAAUUCUAGACCGCUACAUAUUAUAUAUUUCAAAUCACAAACAAGAUUUUUCAGUUUGGAACGUCACCUACAAUAGUACAGCACUUUUCAGAGAUCAUACUCUUCAAGAACUUUCUCCUGGUACAAGAUACCUCGUAAAACUGGGUGUUUGCACCGGAGGUGGAUGCAGAAUAAGUGAAGCUAGCCUGGCACAAACUAAUGAGAGUUCACCUGAAGGUGUACCUGCACCAAAAGCCCAAUCUUAUACAGCUAACUCCUUUAACAUCUCCUGGACUAAGCCUGAGUAUCCGAAUGGUGUCAUUACAAGUUAUGGUCUCUAUAUCGAUGGAGUUCUGGUGCAGAAUUCGUCACAGCUCAGUUACUAUGCUUCGGGAUUUGCACCUUGGAGUCUGCAUUCCUUCAGAAUCCAGGCAUGCACAGCACAAGGUUGUGCUUUUGGACCAUCGGUAGAAAAUCGAUCAACUGAAGCCCCGCCAGAGGGAGAAGUAAGAGUGUUUGCUAUCAGCAAAGGGCCCCGGGAAGCACAUGUAAGAUGGGAAAGGCCCAUCAGACCCAAUGGACGGUUAUUCUACACAGUUCUAUUUUCUGGACUUUUCUACAGAGAUGAAGCCAGUGCCAACUACAGUCUUGUGAAUGGCACCCAAAUCCUGCACAGCAGUGAUGGGGCAGAUCUGUGGGUGCACAUCAGUGAACUGGUCCCCUUUUCCAACUACAGUGUGCAGGUCAAUGCUUCCAACAGCCAAGGCAGUGUGAUGAGUGACACUGAAACAGUAACCAUGCCUCCAGGAGCUCCAGAUGGUGUGCUGCCUCCGAGGCUUUCAUCUGCCACUCCAACCAGUCUUCAGGUUGUCUGGUCUACACCAGUUCGCAACAACGCUCCAGGCUUACCCAGCUAUCAACUCCAGAUGAGGCGGAAGCACUCCCCAGAUGCCAUUGUCGACUUGCUCUCCAGUCCUUCUGCAUCUCUAAGCUAUGAAGUUAAAGAUCUCCAGCCAUAUACAGUAUAUGAGUUGCGGUUGAUUACCUCCAAUGGAUAUGGUCAGACUUCUAGCAUCUGGACUCCAUUCACUACAGCAGAAGGCACACCUGGACCCAUAGACCCACCGCUUCUUCUGGAUGUUAAGGCAAGGUCAAUGCUCAUCACUUGGCAGCCCCCGUUGAAGACCAAUGGCCAAAUCACCCAUUACAACAUUUACCAAAGUGGCCAGCUCCAUAGUAGGGUUUCGGGAAACACCACGCAAUGGCCAGCGUCCCACCUGCGCCCACACACUGCCUACACGUUUCAAAUCGAGGGCUGUACUUCUAAAGGCUGCUCUCUCUCCAAAGAGACUCAAACCACCCAGACUCUCCCAGACGCGCCCGAAGGCAUCCCCGGUCCAGAGCUCCGUUCGGACACGCCAACCUCCGUGGUGGUUUCGUGGCGGCCUCCUCUGCACCCGAACGGCCUCGUGGAAAACCUCACCAUCGAGAGGCGGGCCAAAGGGACGGAGCAAGUGUCCACACUGGCAACCCUCCCGCUGAAUCAUUCCAGGAGCUUUAUCGACCAAACCGCUGCUCUUAGCCCGUGGAAACACUAUGAAUACCGGAUCUUAAUGAGCACGUCGAAUGGAGGAACGAACAGCAGCGCGUGGGAAGAAGUCACCACCAGACCGUCACGUCCGGCUGGAGUGCAGGCCCCUAAAGUGCUGGUAUUAGGACCAGAUACGGCCAAGGUCACAUGGAAUCCUCCUCUCAUACCCAAUGGAGAAAUACUUAGCUACGAGGUCCGGAUGCCUGAUCCUCGAAUGACCAUUACCAAUGACACUACAUCUACUUUAAGCCACAUAAUGACUCAUCUGGUCCCUUUUACAAACUAUUCCGUGACCGUAGUAGCCUGUUCUGGUGGUGGUGGUUACCUGGGAGGCUGCACAGAGAGUUUAUCGACACACGCGCAAACCCAUCCUACGAUCCCUCAAGGUGUUAACCCUUUGUUGGUGACUACAAUAAGUGAAUCAUGUGUUGAUAUUUCUUGGCAACCACCUUCCAGGCCCAAUGGACCACAGUUGAGAUAUGAGCUUCUGAGACGGAAAAUCAAGCAGCCACUUGCAUCAAAUCCCCCUGAAGAUUUAAAUCUGUGGCACAAUAUUUACUCAGGAAGUCAGUGGUUUUAUGAAGAUAAGGGUCUUAGCAGGUACACAAGCUAUGAGUAUAAACUCAUUGUGCACAACAGCGUGGGGUAUACAGCCAGCAAGGAGGUGAUGGUGACAACAUCAGCUGGCGUACCCGUGAACGGAAGUAGUCUCACUGCCUGUGCUCUGUCUCAUACCUCUGUAGGAGUGGAAUGGUCUCAACCAACCAUACAAGACUUGCAAGGAGAUGUCAAGUACUUUACCCUCUUCUGGAGCUCUGAUUCCUUGAAUAUGUCUCGAAAAAUGUUGCCAGAUGUGAAUUCUACUGUAAUUGGAGAUUUGAAUCCAAAUACCGAGUAUGCAGUUUCUAUUAGUGUUUUCAACGGAGCCCAUGGCAUUAUGAGCAAUGUGGUGCACGUGACCACUUCUGAUGGAGAGCCUGAGGGCCUCUUUCCUCCAGAGGUUGUCAUCAUCAACAGGACAGCUGUACAUGUCGUCUGGACAUCGCCUUCAAACCCUAAUGGUGUUGUCACCGAGUACUCUAUUUACGUAAAUAAUAAGCCGUACAAGAUGGGAAUGCCGGCACCUGGAUCUUUUCUUCUUGAAGACUUGUCACCUUUCACUGUCUAUAACAUACAGGUAGAAGUCUGCACAAGAUAUGCCUGUGUCAAGAGCAAUGGGACCCAAAUCGCAACAGUGGAAGAAAUGCCAAGUGAACUCUCAGCACCCACAAUACAUGUGAUCAAUUCAAGAUCUCUUCAAAUUGACUGGAUGGAACCACAACAGCCAAAUGGAAUCAUCCUAGGCUAUGAUCUUUUGCGUAAAGCAUGGCGGCCAUGUGCUAAAGUCCAAGAGUUAAGCGGAGGUGUAAAUGUUAGAUGGUGCAAGGCUUUGGCAUGCCAGAAAUAUGAAAGGAUCUGUGGUCAUAUGUGUUAUCAACCUGAGACUAAGGAAUGCUGUAAUGGAAUCCUUUACACCCGGAAGUCCAGACACAUCUGCUGUGAAGACAAGUACAUCUUCUCUGGUCUCAAUUCGUCAGGAGUUUGUUGCGGUGGCCAGAUGCAGGAGGUGAAACCCCAGCAUCGGUGCUGCCAAGGUCACUACACUAAAGUCUUGCCAGGUGAGGUCUGCUGUUCAAAUAAUGACGAGCCCAGAAUUUCGGUUGGCAUUGGUGACUCCUGCUGUAGAAAGAAGCCCUACUCUUCCUCAGGAGAUCAGAUCUGCUGUGCUGGGUUACUUCAUGAUGGCUUUGAAAAGCAGUGCUGUGGGAGAAAGAUCGUGAGCCAAGAUUUAGUUUGCUGUGGCGGAGCAGAAGAGGGGAUGAUUUACAGUCGUCUUCCAGGGAUGUUCUGUUGUGGGCAGGAUUAUGUGAAUAUAUCAAAUACCAUAUGCUGCUCAGCUUCCAGUGGCAAGUCGAAAGCACAUGUUAAGAAGAAUGACCCAGUGCCAGUAAAAUGCUGCGAAUCUGAACUUAUUCCAAAGAGCGAGGAAUGCUGUAAUGGAGUUGGAUAUAAUCCUUUGAAAUAUGUUUGCUCUGACAAGAUUUUAGCUGGAAUGAUGAUGGAGGAAACCAAACAGUGCAGAUCUAGUAUCCUUUGUCCUUCGUCUGUGAAAGCCACAGCAUAUUGCGGGCAGUGUAAUUUCAAUUCUACCACCCAUGUAUGUACUUGGGUUAAUAGUUCUUAUUACACUGAAGAGAAUGAAAUGAACAAAGACAGAUGUUCAACAGUUGAAGAGACGGUUUUUUCUGGGGACGCAAACAGGUUUUCAUUCACAGAUUUGAACCUAGAGCCCUAUGUUGUGUAUGAGUAUAGAAUUGCUUCAUGGAAUAGCUUUGGAAGAGUCCUCAGUGAAUCCAGCAGAGCUGACACAAAGCAAGAUGUGCCUCAAGGCAUGCAGCCUCCUACAUGGACCACAAUGGAUAAUCAAGAGGAUGUCAUAAUUUUAAACUGGGUUGAACCUGAACAGCCAAACGGUCUUAUUUUACACUACAUCAUUCUCCGAGAUGGGAUUGAGCAUUUUAGGGGUCUCAAAAUGAGCUUCGUGGAUUCUGAUGGGAUUCAGGCUUCUCGGGAGUAUUCGUACCAGCUGAGGGCCUGCACCAUUGUGGGUUGUACCGACAGCAGUGAGGUAGUUGCAGUCACUGUCCAAGGAGUGCCCGAGAACGUGCGUCCUCCAGAAGUAAUAGCUGUGAGUGCAGUGGUGUUGGAUUUGAUCUGGAAAGUUCCUGAGAAACCAAAUGGUGUCAUCAGAGAGUACCAAAUCCAACAGCUCGGCAGAGGCCUCAUCUAUACUGACACUCCAGGCAGACUGCAGCAUACGGUCACAGGUCUCCAGGCUCAUACAAACUAUAGCUUCACACUUAUAGCUUGUACAUCAGCAGGAUGUCGCUCCAGUCAGCCAGUUGUAGGUCAAACAUUGGAAGCUGCUCCUCAAGGAGUGUGGUCAAAACCUCAACAUGUCACAGUCAGCUCAACAACAGUGGAAUUAUACUGGAGUGAACCAGAAAAACCCAAUGGUGUCAUUUCCCAAUAUCGAUUGAUUCGUAAUGGAACAGAGAUCUUCGCUGGAGCCAGGGACUCUCUGAAUUUCACUGACAACAGCCUAGAACCUAACAGCAGAUACGUUUACCAGUUGGAAGUCAGGACGGGAGGUGGAAGCAGUACUAGUGACAAUUAUGUAAUUCAGACAGCUGAAUCAACUCCAGAGGAAAUCUGUGCUCCGUAUAAUGUCACAGUAUUUGGCCCAUAUUCUAUAUUUAUAGCCUGGGAUGAACCAGGGAUCUCUAUUGCCAACAUUUCUUUGGAAUACCACAUCUUACUGAAUGCUGGAAGUCCCUCUCAAAUUAUCCAUCCAGUUGGUCACAGUCAUUUUGCUUUAGUUGAAGACCUCAAGCCUUACACAUUGUAUGAAAUAAGGAUUCAAGCAUGUCAGAAUGGGACCUGUGGAGUUGGCAAAAGAACUGUAGUAAAGACAGCUGAAGCCCCUCCAGAGGGGCUGAACCCACCUGUGGUUCAGGCAAUGGGAUCUUCUGUAGUAAAGGUCAAGUGGUCACCUCCUGGCAUGUCAAAUGGAGUCAUCAACAACUACUUUAUUCACAGACGUGCUGUUGGCAAACAAGAGGAGAUGCUUUUGUUCAUCUGGCUUGAAGGAAACCUUGAGUUCAUUGAUGCUUCUGACACCCUGGAGCCCUACACCAGCUAUGAAUACUGCAUCACGGCUCAGAACUCCGUGGGCUCCAGGAAAAGUUUGUGGUCAGCUGUUCAAACUCUGGAAGCCCCACCCCAUGGAAUGCAAGCUCCCUGGGCUCAGGCUACGAGUGCUUACUCGGUGAUGCUAAAUUGGACCAAGCCAGUGACGCCCAAUGGUAUUAUCUCCUUGUACCGCGUGGUCUAUCAAGAGAGAAGAAGUGAUCCAACCUACAAUCUACCCAGUGUGACAGCAUUAACUGUGAUGGGAAAAAGCCAUCGAGCCCACGUAUUUGGGUUAGAACCAUUUACAACAUAUCGUGUCUGUGUUGUGGCUGUAAAUCGGGCUGGGCAAGUAUCAAGUCCGUGGACUUCCGUUCGCACCUCAGAAUCCUCCCCAAGUGGGCUGAGCAACUUCACAGUUGAAAGAAAGGAGAAUGGAAGAGCAUUGUUACUAAAAUGGUCUGAGCCAGCCAAGACCAAUGGUGUGAUUAAGACAUACAACAUCUUCAACGAUGACAACCUGGAAUACAGUGGCCUGUCCCAUCAGUUUCUUUUCAGGCGCCUCGAACCCUUCACUCUGUACCCACUGACAUUGGAGGCAUGCACAGUGGCGGGCUGUACGCGUUCUUCUCCCCAAUCCAUCCGCACAGAAGAAGCUCCACCCGCUUCCCAACGGGACCCCGCGAUCCAGUCCAUCGGAGCAACCAGCGUUGAGCUGAGCUGGUUUGGACCUAUUCAUCCAAAUGGGAAGAUCAUCCGCUAUGAAGUUAUUCACAGAUGCGCCCAAGAAAAUGCUUCAGGGAACAGAGCAACCUUGGCAGAUGAGAAAAUUGUUUUCACAGAAUACAACACUGAAAGGAAUGCAUUUACGUACAAUGAUAAAGAUUUGCAGCCUUGGACCAGGUGUGAAUAUAAAAUACGCUCUUGGAACUCAGCUGGCCACACCGAUAGCUCUUGGUCAAUAGCUAGGACUGACCAGGCUGCCCCUGAAGGACUCUCAGCCCCUCAGAUUGCCUACGAAGCUGUUAAUCCACUUAAACUGCUUAUUUUCUGGAUUCCCCCUGAGCAACCCAAUGGUAUCAUCCAGUCCUAUCGGCUCCAAAGGAAUGAAGUGUUCUUCCCAUUCAGCUUUGAUGCUGGGACGUUCAAUUACACCGACGAAGACCUGCUCCCUUACUCGGUCUACAGUUAUACAGUGAUGGCCUGCACAGUAGCAGGCUGUAUCACUAGUGAUCCCACCAGAAUUCAGACUCCAGAGGCUGCCCCAGCUUGGGUCGACCCUCCUUCUCUUCAGGCCAUCAGUGCCACACAGAUCAACGUGUCUUGGUGGCCUCCGCAAAUUCAAAAUGGAGAGAUCAUCAAGUACAUUCUGAGAUGCCGAGGGGAAGAGCAUCCCGUUGGGAAGAGUUUAUCCAAGCUAAUUUCCAACCUCCAGCCUCACACCCAAUACGAUUUUACUUUAGAGGUUUGUACUAAUGGAGGCUGCACUGAAAGCAAAUCCAAAUCCAUCUGGACCAUGGAGGCUCCACCACAAAAUAUGGAAACACCAAAGUUGCAAGUCAUGGGCUCAGCGUCGAUAGAAGUCACCUGGCAGCCCCCAGUUCACCCAAAUGGCAAAAUCAGAAGCUAUGAACUUAGAAGGGAUGGCGACAUUGUGUAUGCUGGUCUGGAAACUCGAUUCCAUGACUUUACCCUAGCUUCAGGCAAGGAAUAUAACUACGCGGUGACAGCCAGUAAUAGUAAAGGCAGCACCACCAGUCCACUGGCUAAAGUCAGGAUGAAUCCCUCUGCUCCCUCUGGAAUGGCCCCUCCUAAACUCCAGGCAAAGUCUCCAAGAGAGAUCUCAAUCAAUUGGGAUGCCUCUAUAAAAGCCGAUGGGGAGAUAAUCAACUAUUCUCUUUGUAUCCGGGAGCCUGCUGAAGCUGAAAUGAAAACCAUUCCCAUCAACGUGAUUCAUGAUGCAUUCUUCAGGAGGUCUUAUGUGGCCACUCAGUUGGAGCCUUAUCAUUGGUAUGAAAUACGAAUUCAAGCCUGCACAUUGUUGGGAUGUGCUUCAAGUGACUGGGCUUCCAUACAGACUCUGGAAACACCCCCUUCAAUGCAGCCACCUCCCCUGCUAGAGGUGCAAACUGCUCCUGACAGAUUCCAGCCUGUAACUUCCGUUCUCUGGUCCAGGCCUCUGCAGCCAAAUGGAAAAAUUUUAUAUUAUGAGCUGUACAGAAGACAAACAAUGAAAACAUUAGGAAGGCCUGACUCCAUGUUGAUUUUUAAUGGAACCCAACUCUCUUUUAAUGAUGUCUCGUUGCUGCCUUACACGGAGUAUGAAUAUCAGGUCUGGUCUGCGAAUUCUGCUGGGAAGACAUCCAGUAGCUGGACUCGCUGUAGGACAGGACCCGCACCCCCGGAAGGUAUUCGAGCCCCCACGUUCCACUCUGUCUCCUCUACUCAAGCCGUGGUUAACAUCAGUGCUCCUGUCAGCCCAAAUGGAAUUGUGAGUCUCUACAGGCUCUUCUCUAACACCUCCAAUGGGACAAAGAUGGUGCUGUCAGAAGGGACGACCACCCAGCAAACGAUUCACAACCUUGAGCCUUUCACCACAUACACUGUCGGUGUGGAAGCCUGCACCUGCUUCAAUUGCUGCAGUAAAGGACCCGUGGCUCAGUUUAUGACCCCUCCUGCUCCCCCUUCCCAGCAGCCACCUCCGCAGAUAGAGACACUGACAUCUAGGAAUGCCUCUUUUCAAUGGCCCGCACCUCUGUCUCCCAACGGCAUUGUCCAAAGCUAUGAGCUUCACCUUGUGGCAUGCCCUGCCCCUUGGGAAGACCUGGAGAAGCCCUGUAUACCUGGCCCCACCAAAGUGAAGUACACUGGGAAAGGUCAAAGUGCCGGUGUGGGGGACCUGCAGCCUUUCACCCGCUACCAACUGAGAGUGGUGGCAUACAAUACAGAGGGGAGCACUGCUUCUGACUGGAUCAACUUCACCACCGGAAAAGAAUCCCCCCAGUACAGAUCACCGCUUUCAGUCACCAGCAAUCUAUCUGUGGUGCACCUGGACUGGAGUAACACGUUCCUGCUUAACGGGCAGCUGAAGGAGUUUGUGUUAACCGAAGGAGGGCAGCGCCUGUAUCGGGGCUUCGACACCACCCUCUACAUACCGAGGACAUCGGACAGAACUUUUCUUUUCCAGGUAACAUGCACUACUGAUAAAGGAAGUGUCAGGACACCAUUGAUCCAAUAUGACACCAGUACAGGACUUGGUCCAGAGUUAACCACUCCUGGAGAAAAGAUGGGAACAGGGAACCGAAAUGCCAGAUUUUACAAUGAACUGUGGUUUAUAGUAUUAAUGGCAGCUCUAGGUUUGCUGUUGUUGGCCAUCUUUCUCUCCCUGAUUCUACAAAGGAAAAUUCACAAACAGCCGUAUGCCAGAGAAAGGCCUCCACUGGUACCACUCCAAAAGAGGAUGUCUCCACUGAGCGUCUACCCACCGGGAGAAUCCCACAUGGGGCUGGCUGAUACCAAAAUCAGGAGAUGCAGUAUCCGUAGCAGCAGAAAUAUGUCAGUACUCAGGAUACCAAGUCAAAGCCAGUUGGGUCUGACCUACUCCCAAGGCUCCUUACACCGCAGUGUCAGCCAGCUAAUUGACAUGCAGGACCAAAAAAUCUUGAUUGAUGAUUCAAUGUGGGAGACCGUCACUGCUCACGACAACAGAUUGUGCACGGACAAUGAAGACCUAGUGAAUGCCAUCAAGGGUUUCAGUUCAGUGACCAAGGAACACACCACAUUUACGGACACACAGCUGUAACAGGAUGGGAAACUGGAGUAGAGGACGUGCAGCCCUGAAGAGGUCAGCUGGAUGUUCUCCUGAUUGCUGGAGCUGAUAAGUCACUCACUGCUUUUAUUUCUGUUCUUUAUUAUGAGCUGGGGGACAGGCUAGCUAAGAUGUCUGGGAGACACCUGACCACACAUAUAUUUUGAUUUUCUAGGAUUUUAAAGAUGGAGGGCCAGAUACUUCCAUAGCUCCAAUGAGCAUGCAGAGGUGGCAUAAACAGCUAUGGCAGUGUGCCAUUGAAGCUGCAGAUUUCUUUCCGUCACCUUCUGUGAAUAAAGCAUGCCACACAAGAAGGUUGGAAGGAAAACCAGUGUAACCAGGGUUAGCAGAGUGCUGUUUUGCAUAGCAGCAAGGUUCAGUGAAGUAGCGUUUCUACAAUUUGGGGUCACACAAACCCUAACAGCUCUUUGGUGGUGAUAGUGGCAACCCUGGCCUCAAUAAAUCAAUCUUUUACUUCCCCAGUCUUUCUCUGCCUUUAAAUAUGCCAUGAUGCCAAGAGGAAGACAAAACCAUGAGCUGAUUUUGGCUGAGCAUUGCCAAGGAGCGGUUAUGGGAACUCUCAGGAACAUUAUGGGGUGAAAAAGUUGUGUAACUAGGCCAUGCUGCUCCUCUGAUUCAGGGGUUGCUGUGAAUGGGGAUCCCUUUCUCAAGUGGCUCACUACUAGUCACCAUCUAUACCUCUGGGGUCAUCUUUACCCUGGGAGAGGGGCACAGUUGUCUCUUACCUUCCCCCUAAAGUCUUGACUGAGAAGGAAGCUGGAAUAGAAAAGGGAGCUGUGCUGGCAAGGAUGGACUUUCACGUCUUCCCUAGC